AGUUGUCCAUCUUCCUACUAAAUAUAGCUAACGUUAGCCUGCUAGCUAGCUAGUGCUUCGAUUUCAAGAUUGGAUUUUGUCGUUGUGUUGGCAGCUACUGUAAUUAUGUCUACACAAUCGAUUUGUAAACCGGUGACCCAUGUUCUUUUCGACAUGGAUGGAUUAUUAUUAGAUACAGAGAGGCUGUACACGGUGUCAUACCAGGAAGUAUGCGACAGGUUUGGAAAGAAAUACACCUGGGACGUGAAGUCUUCUGUGAUGGGAAAGAAAGCUAUGGAAGCUUCCACCAUUAUACGAGACUCCCUAGAACUACCAAUGACACCAGAGGAACUUCUCAGUGAGACUAGAAAAAUACAGGAGAAGAUAUUUCCUUCAGCUCAAUUGAUGCAAGGAGUGGAGAAUCUCGUCCACCAUCUCCGUAAACACAAUGUGCCCAUCGCUGUAGCGACAAGCUCAGCAGGCCUGGCGUUUGAGAUGAAGACCAGUCAGCACAAAGCCUUCUUUGACCUGUUCAGCCACAUCGUCCUAGGGGAUGAUCCCGAUGUGAAAAACAGCAAACCUCAGCCUGACUCCUUUUUGGUGUGUGCCAGCAGGUUCACUCCUCCUGCACCUCCGGCCACGUGCCUGGUGUUUGAGGAUGCUCCUAUGGGUGUUAAGGCCGGCCUGGCGGCUGGGAUGCAGGUGGUCAUGAUCCCUGAUGACAAACUGGACCGAGGCCUUACCCAGGAGGCCACACUGGUCCUGAGGACCAUGGAGGACUUCAAACCAGAGAUGUUCGGCCUGCCGGCCUAUGACUGAGCUCCAUCUCCGCUUCCUGCUCAGGGCUGAGAACCUCCAAUCCACCCCUGCUUUUUACCCUCCAUCUUCACCAUUUAGCCUGAUCAAAGCAAUGUAAUGAUGCUAAUCACAACGAUCACAAUGCUGAUCCAAAUUAUGCAAUCCCUGGGAAUUUGAUUGUUACUUGGAACUGUGAUCAAGUUGUUGUUAGUCGAAUAUUAAUAUUUUUGCUUUGGCCAAAUAAUGAGAACGGCUGAGAAUAAUGGUUGAAUUGUCAACAUAAUGAGAGGUCAUUUUUGUGUCUGAACCUUUUACACAGGUUGGUAUUGUAAGCAACUCGCUGCCGAUCAGUUUAAAGGCUUUUAUUGUGAUUUGGGGUGCAUCCUAAAUGGCACCCUGUUCCCUACAUAGUGCACUACUUUUGACCAGAGUCAAACACAGUCAUUCUAGGUAAAGAUGUAUCCGUCUCUGAGUUAAUGUCCUUGAACAGAUUUCAUAACCAACUGCAGUUUAAGCUGUUCGAUUCUCCCUCUUUUCCCUGCUUCAUACCAUUUGCCACUCUUCUUUGACCGGGGCCUAUUGAAAUGCCAAAGACACUUUUCCCAGCUUGGAUGUGUAAUCCAAUAAAGAUGGUGAGAGAAAUCUUCAGCUCUUUCAUCUUCACUCAUGUUUGCCUCGGCAGUGCUGCUGGAAUUCACAUGUUCUCUCUUCCCUGAGAAAACCCCUGAAACGAGUAGAGUUUCUGAGAGCUAAUGCAGAGCCCUGUUCCCCCACCUCCCUCAGGCUGUUGAAAUAGGAUUUCACUGCUGUAGUAUCCUUCCAUCCACUAUACGUCUUCCCCCUCCCGGCCUCCAUGCAUCCCUGGCCUUUCAUCCUCAACUUGGGCUAAUCUCUGAGGCUUUUCCUCCUCUUCUCCUCAUCACUCAGCCGUUUUACAAGUCAUUUAGCCCCUCAUGCCCUGAAGUGUGUGUGUGUGUGUGUGUGUGUGUGUGUGUGUGUGUGUGUGUGUGUGUGUGUGUGUGUGUGUGUGUGUGUGUGUUGUGUGUGUGAAUAUCCACUGAGUGUACAAAACAUUAGGGCCAUGACAGACAGACCAGGUGAAUCCAGGUGAAUGCUAUGAUCCCUUAUUGAUGUCACUUGUUAAAUCCACUUAAAAUCAGUGUAGCUAAAGGGGAGGAGACAAAUUGAGACUGUUCUGAGGGCACAAUGGGGUGCAACUCAAUAUUAAGAAGGUGUUCCCAAUGUUUUGUACACUCAGUGUAUAUGCAUGUGUGUGUCUGUACAUUAUGCAUGUAUGGGUGUGUAUUUAUGCAAUAAGUGUGAUGGUGUUGGAACAUUAUGUCUGGAAAAUGUAGUCAGAUCAGGGUAUGAAUGGUUCAUAAUGACCAAUGCCAUUUGCCAGUCUAAAGGAGUUAUGUUAUGCUAUUUUAAAAUGCAUUUUCUUUGUAUCAAAUAAGUGACGACAGAGACAUUUAUUGUGGUAAAUGGUAGAAGUAGCUCAGUGCAGAUACAGUAUUCAUGAGUAUUGUUGUAAAAUGCACAUGGAGUUACCAAGUGGGCAUUCAACAUGCAUUUUCUACUGCGUUUCUGUAAAAAUACACGGAAUAGUCCAUCUCAACAUAUUGCAGUUGCUAUUCACAAAGCAUAUUGUCCUUUUUGUUGGGACAUAAUAGCUUUUUCUCUUCUCUUCUGCUAGCAUUCAUCCUCCCCCUCAAGGUCUAUGACUAUGGUGAGCAGACAGAGGUACUUGGUCCGCCCAGAAGCAGCCUAUUGGCUACGUCUUUCAUCUGGGCAACCAAUCACCAUCAGUUUAGCCUGAUGAUCCAGCCACUACCUGCAUAGGAAAAGCACUCUGCAAUAACUUAUAUCAGAGCUUACUAUUCCACCUGUAAUGCUAGUCCACCUGACUGCUUGUGACUAGAAGGGCCCCAGUGGCUCCUCUCUCUCCUAGGAAAUUAGCAGUCUCUUCAUCUACUGCCAAUAACUAUUAUUUUAUCCCUCCCUACUGACCUGAAACAGAGAGGAGAGCAAGUGAGGGAGGGAGAGAGGCUAGCUAACAUGUUUCUCAGGCCCGUCUUCACAUCAUGCCGGGGAGGGCAGAAGAGGGACGGUGGACCCCCAUUCAUUUUCAUCGUCAGUUGGUUUUCUAUACAGGAUUUUAUCAGCACUCAGACCAGUGUCACUCAACAGGGGAAGUUUGAAAAACAGACAUUGUAUUGAAUGACCUCAUUUUAGAAUGUUAUAAUAAAGCUUUUCUUUUGUUUUCAUCCUCUUACUGGCUGACAAGCCCACUGGUUGAAGCUCAAUGAGAAAGCUCCUCUGAUAACGGCAGACAGUCCGUGUACAUUUUCACUGUCAUUCGGACUUCACUGUCGUGCAUUAUCAAGACAUAUACAGUAUAUGGUGGCUUUCAUUAAAGAAAGCAGUUCAUGUC